UCUCUCCCUCCUUCAGCCUACACUCCAACAAAUUGCCUCUCUCGUACACAGCCAAGCUUCAGGCAACUCCAUACAGCUGCUCUGUGCCAGCAUACGUAGAACAGGACAAGAACGAGACAAUUAAGGGAACGAAGGCAGAACAUUUGUGAAAAGAAAAGGCACUCCGGCACAUCUGUACCGCUCUCAUGCAGUGCUGUAUACUUCCUGUCCUCCUCAUCUUCGGUGUGAGGGGGGGACUUGGGACACCUCUAACGCCAAGCCCCAGUCCUACUGAGGCCUUCAGCGCAACGCCGGACCCAUGUGAGGGCAGACCCUGUCUGAACGGGGGCAUCUGUAGUCGGGUAGGAGAGAUUGAGGAGAGCACCCAGAUGCAAUCUGAUGUCUGGUCUUAUACUUGUAUCUGUGGCCUGGGUUUUACCGGACAGAAUUGUGAGUUUUUUGCAGAUCCCUGCGCCAGCAGCCCCUGUCUCCAUGGCAACUGUAGCCAGGACGGCGAGGGAGAAGGGUUCGCAUGCGAGUGUAGCCAGGGUUACGGCGGGGUACAUUGUGACCUGCCGACCUUGACCUUUGACCUGUCCGAGUCUACCUGGGACAUCGCCGAGAGCAUCGUGCCGGAACAUGCCACGCCCGCCACGCCCGCAACCACCACUCAAGUUUUUCAGCCAACCACAGUCCCCACCACAACUCAAGCUCCGCCCACUCUGGAACCAUGGCAACCCAAGCCAGCUCAGAAGGUGGUGGAGAUAUUGUGGAAGGAUCAACAGAUCACUCAUGAGGCUGAAUGUGUGAGUACCGCUGGAGGUGAGUCUGCUGGCAUGAUGACCAUUGCAAUGGAGAUCGCAGAGGAAACAGCUUUGAAACUGGUGGGCAAUGUGAGCAGGUCUGCUGUGUUGUGGCGUGUAGGCGAGGCUGGAUAUCAGCAGUGCUCGGUUGCAGAUGGUACAAUCAUGUGGUUUCAGCAGAGUUCAGAUGGCCUGGUUCUACCCGACCAGUCACUGCCAUUCGGACACAACUACUUCAUCAGUGUGCUGCACGUUGGCACAUCCUCCGGGCCAGAGGUCACUUUGAGGCUUCACCUUAUGGUUAAAACCAAUAACUGCAUGGAACCCGGCAGUGGUUUCAGUGACCCACAAUGCUCUGGGAAAGGGAAAUGCAUCACCCAAGUCUCUGUGGACACGUUUUACUGCCAGUGUGAAGAUGGGUAUACUGGAAUCUUCUGUGAGGAGUUUGACGCAUGCCACAUAAAUCCCUGUGAAAAUAACGCCUCCUGUGCUGAUCUCAGGCAGAGAGAUGAAGGACAAAAUUACACCUGUACCUGCCAACCAGGUUUUGAGGGAGAUCGCUGUCAGUCUUUGGUGGAUCAUUGUGUUUCUGGACCCUGCAGGAAUGGAGCAACUUGUACCAGCAGCUUAGAAGGAGCUCAUUGCUAUUGCGCAGAAGGUUAUAAGGGUGCCAUGUGUGAGCAGAAAAUUGACCCCUGCGCUUCCGGGCCCUGUCAAAAUAACGGCAGCUGUUUCUCACAGGGCAUCGGUUUGGGCUUCAGCUGUACCUGUCCUUCAGGUUUUACUGGACCCACCUGCGCCCAGCUGGUGGACUUCUGCGCCCUCAAUCCAUGCGCUCACGGUAUCUGCCGCAGCAUUGGCACCAGCUAUAGGUGCCUGUGUGUGCCAGGUUAUCAUGGUCUGUACUGUGAAGAGGAGUAUAAUGAAUGUUUGUCUGCUCCCUGUCAGAACUACGCCACAUGCAGGGAUCUCAUCAAUGCCUAUGAAUGCAUCUGCGCUCCACAAUUCACAGGAAAGCACUGUGAGAUAUUUAAGGACCCCUGUUUAAAGCUCAGAUGCCAGAAUGGUGGACGCUGUGAAAGUGGAGGGAGAAAUGCGUCCUGUGUGUGUCCACCAGGAUACAUGGGUGAGAACUGUGAAGUUGACGUGAACGAAUGUGAGAGUAACCCCUGUCACCAUGGCGGCACUUGCAUUGACCAAUCAAAUGGCUACACCUGUCACUGCCCACCUGGUUGGGUUGGUGGUAGCUGUGAGAUUCAUCUGCAAUGGAAGAUGGCUCAGCCCGUCGACUCAAUGACCAACAUGCCCCGUCACUCUUUGUACAUAAUUAUUGGCGCUCUGUGUGUCGCCUUCGUCCUGAUGCUCAUCAUCCUCAUCGUCGGCAUCUGUCGCAUUAGUCGUAUCGAGUACCAGGGUUCGUCCCGUCACGCCUACCAGGAGUUUUACAACUGCCGCAGCAUUGACAGCGAUUUCAGUAAUGCAAUCGCUUCCAUUCGCCACGCGAGGUUUGGGAAGAAAUCUAGACCAGCAAUGUAUGAUGCCACUCCUAUCAGCUAUGAAGAUUACAGCCCAGAUGACAAGCCCCUAGUUGCACUCAUUAAAACGAAAGAUUUGUGAAGCAAUACACUUCUAAAACGCAUUCACACACACACACACACACAUAUAUAUUAAUAUAUAGAUAUAUAUCACACAUACCCACAGGCACGGUUCCAGCCUUUAAAAUGAGCCAAUAACUCAGUAUUUAUUUCCAGAACAUAGUAAAAAAAUAAAUCAAACUGUAAUAAAAUUUUUGAUAUGUUUUACCAAUACACUCUUAAAAAUAAAGGUGCUUAAAAUUUCUUCAAAGUGAUGCCAUGAGUUGAAAAGCAUUUUUAUACCUCUUUUAUAAUCUAAAAAACCUUUUUCCACUACAAAGAAACAAAAAGGUUCUUCAGAUGUUAAAGGUUCCUCAUAGAUACAAUUCAGCCAAAAAUGGUUGACUUCGUGAAGCCCCUUUAUUUUUAAGAGCGACAGGACAUAAGUAACUUGGAUUAGUCACAAACAAGUGUGCUUUGUUUGCGGAUGCAAAUAUUUUGUGGAAUGUAAGUAGAUGAAUAUCAAGCCACAUUGCAAGAUGUGUGUAUGGGAGAUCUGUUGGGGGACUCUGAUCACAAAUAUGAUAGCAGCAUAAGCUAGAAUUAGAAAUGAUAGCACUCUCUUCAUAAAGAAGAAUAAAACAAAAGACAAGACGAUGUAGGUUGCCUUAACCGGUGCAUGGAUAGGAUCAAUGGUUUUCACAUUAUACUCUGUAACCUGUUGUUUAUAGUUAAUUUCUUAUUGCUCAUUGUGGUCUCUUAUGUGUCAUAAUAUUGAUGGUAGAGAAGUCCUAAGAUACCACUGCUAAUGUGAAAGCAGCACUAUACGGUGCUUUUAUAAGUAAUAUUUGGUUGUGUCAUUUCACUAAGUAAUAAAACAGCAGUUCUGCUCUGUAUUUCAUAGUGUUUCGUGGAACUUAACUGAACAAGACGUCUCUGUUGCAAUACAUCUGCAAAGCUUAGCAGUUCACGUACCAAAUGAGACAAAAGAAUCGAGAAACAACGUUUAAAAUGUGUCAUAUAAAGAAUCAAAAAUGCUGCUUUCAAUAUGGAGAUUAAUCUGGACCAAAUGUUUAUUAAGCCUUCGAAUGUAAGAUUUCUUUUGUCAUUAGCAUCUAUUCAGACACUGCUGAGCUCAUGUUAGUAGUAUUGAAGCAAGAGUGUCUCCUCAAGGCCGUGCAGGCGUCUGGUUCAAGCUGGUGUAGUUCUGCCGUGUGCUUCUGGUUUUCCUGCAGUUGGUUCCAGCUCUUUCUUUCUCUUUUACUCUUCAUUUGAGUCUGGCUGAAGUGCUAUUCAUAGUAUGUUUUCAGUCUUCCCAUUGCCUAUCCUUCUCUCUUAUCUGCCAUAUCUACUCCUAGUUCUACUCGUAUUCUUAUGGUUAUCCUCUUGCGUAGUAUAUAGACAGGUAGAAGCUACUCUCUGCGACUGAUCCGAGGCCUGUUUUGCUUUUUUAAUAGGUGAAUUGAAAGAGAAGUUGACGGUAACGUUUAACAAGUUACUGUACAGUAUGUGAUCAGUAAAGCAACAAAAUUACAAAGUUGCGUUGUCCCAUACAAUGAAAGUAAAUGAUAAUAAGAUCAAAUCACAUUAAAGCCAUAUGACAGCUUUGUGUGAUGAACAGACUUAAAUUAAAGUUAUGUGCUGAGAAAAAAUGUGCUUGUAUAAACAUAUGCAUCCCUUUGCCUCCCCAAAGAAAACUGUAUGACAUAAAAUCUCAAACUUUUAAAUUAAACGGUAACACUUUACUUGAAAGGGUGUUUAUAAGACUGACGUGACACCUUUAUAAUCAUGACAUGCCAUAAACAUAAAGGAGAUUUUAUGCACGUUUAUGUCAUUAAGUGUCAUUCGUUCAGUUAUGUCACUUUUAAUGCAAAUGUUUUAGAUGUCUUUGUUAUGACAACUUGACAUAAACCAAUACAUUAUAACUUCCUCCAAGUGUUUAGAAAAUAAAAUCAAUCAUCCAAUAAUAAUAACAAUAAUAAUUAACACUGAUAAAAUUAUAUUUUGUUGCAUUUGGAGACCGAUUCACAUAAAAUUAAAUGAAAACAGUACAAUAAUGGCUUAAGCCAUUCAGCGUUGGGUGCAUAUUGCUGGAAGAGCAGUUAAAGAGAUAGUUCGGCCAAAAAUGAUAUUAAACCCAUGAUUUACUCACCCCCAAGGUGUCUGAGUUGCAUAUGUCCAUCGUUUUUCAGACAAACACA